AGAAAGCUAGAACUGAGCUCUUUCGAAUAACUUUCUGAAUCACAAACAAGCGGACGUCGGUCGACGAAAAGAGAGCAUAUAUUUAACUGGAGGCGCUCUUGUGUCGAAAUCGAAGGUAAGUAAUUUGGAUAGUCGUUAAGGGUAAUCAUACAAACCACAAAUGUUUAAACAUAAAUCUCUUGUAUUUCAGUUCCUUCGGUUUGUUUGGAUACAAAGAAUAACCCUGGAUAAUUAUUGCAGGAGCUGUUGUGAAGAAUCAAUUCAGUUAUAUUCUACGUGGAAAUUUAAUUUCAUAAAAUUAUCAAUUUGCACAUUUGAAAUAAGCUAUUCAUUUCAGUUAUGUAAUUACACAGUUAACCGACCAGAGGAAGUAGCCUUUGCGCACAUUUAUUGCUUAAAAUACGAUUAACGGUUUGAUCUGAGCUGCUGGUUUGAAGACGCUUCGUAAAAAAAUGAAAAAGUUUCAAUUUGUUAAUAACUGAUUUAGAAAAUUAUCAAGAAAAGAGAAAAGUCCAAGAAAAGAAAAGAAUGGCAGAUUAAGCUCAAAGCUGUUAGGGGUUGGGAAUUAUCAACUGAAUUAUGUCUUCUCUCCACCAUAACCUGCAAACCUAGUUUGUUGUCGUUGUCGUUGUUGUUAAUCCAGUNAUGUUUUUCCAUGCAAAUUUUCUCUUCAGCAUAGUCCAAAUGAAUACCGCCGUUGCCUCGUUUACUUUGCAGCGCCCGGUUUCCAAAUUCGUAAUUUGUCACUUCAGAGAUCUGAUGUGGAGAAAGCUAGAACUGAGCUCUUUCGAAUAACUUUCUGAAUCACAAACAAGCGGACGUCGGUCGACGAAAAGAGAGCAUAUAUUUAACUGGAGGCGCUCUUGUGUCGAAAUCGAAGGUAAGUAAUUUGGAUAGUCGUUAAGGGUAAUCAUACAAACCACAAAUGUUUAAACAUAAAUCUCUUGUAUUUCAGUUCCUUCGGUUUGUUUGGAUACAAAGAAUAACCCUGGAUAAUUAUUGCAGGAGCUGUUGUGAAGAAUCAAUUCAGUUAUAUUCUACGUGGAAAUUUAAUUUCAUAAAAUUAUCAAUUUGCACAUUUGAAAUAAGCUAUUCAUUUCAGUUAUGUAAUUACACAGUUAACCGACCAGAGGAAGUAGCCUUUGCGCACAUUUAUUGCUUAAAAUACGAUUAACGGUUUGAUCUGAGCUGCUGGUUUGAAGACGCUUCGUAAAAAAAUGAAAAAGUUUCAAUUUGUUAAUAACUGAUUUAGAAAAUUAUCAAGAAAAGAGAAAAGUCCAAGAAAAGAAAAGAAUGGCAGAUUAAGCUCAAAGCUGUUAGGGGUUGGGAAUUAUCAACUGAAUUAUGUCUUCUCUCCACCAUAACCUGCAAACCUAGUUUGUUGUCGUUGUCGUUGUUGUUAAUCCAGUGUUAUAUUUUUUAGGAGUCGAGAGCUAAAUCUUCUGAAAAACUUAGUAUAAAGGCGGUAAGUAAAUAGUAGAGUGUAAAGUAUGUAUUUCUUGUCGGACUUCAGUAUUCCUUUAAAUAAUUACUCUCUGAUGUCUGAAAAUGAAAUCACACACAAUUGAUUUCUCAUACAUUGAUCAUCUUCGCCAAGUUUUAAAAAACAAUAUAUAGUUCGUCAUUUAUCUGUAAAAGCAAUUUUUAACUUUUUUACUCACAAAAUGAGAACAAUAACAACGAUACCUAAAGAUUUUAGUUAACGGUAUAAAACCCUCACGUGUUCUCGAACAUUUUUCCCGCAGAAAAACUGUUGUGCAAAGACAUGACAAGCUACAGAAGACAACAAAUAGAAGAUACAUUGGAGCGCAUUCAGUCUCACAAGGGCGUAGUGGGACUGGUUAUCGUAAGCGAGGAUGGUAUUCCCAUACGAACGACCCUUGACAACUCCACCACUCUUCAAUACGUGGCUAUGUGUAACACCCUAUGCGGCCUCGCCCGCGGGGUCGUACGGGACACUGAUCCUCAAAAUGACCUGAAGAUUCUUCGGGUGCGCACCAAGAAGAACGAGAUAAUCAUGGCGCCCGAAGGCGGGAGAUAUUUGAUCGUUAUCCAAACAGGAGAUCAACCACAGCAGCAAACAUUUAAAGAUCUUUUAGAGUAA